AUGCCUCCUCAUGUGCCGCGGAAGCGGUUGCGCGAGGAGUCGCCAGUCAAGCCGACGUCCAAACGACAGCAGGUAUCGAAAGGGCAAGGAAAGCCUGCCGCCGGCUCCGGUCGCAGAAAGCCGACUUUGUACGACGAUUUGGAUGCUACCACCACGCCUGAGUCAUCCAAGGUGGGCCGUUCUGCGCUUGAUACCAUCAGUGACAGCGAUGAGUCCAGCUCAUUGAGCGAUCUGUCCGAUGGUGAUUUUGAGGAUGUGCCUAUUGCAAACGGUCACAAGGCCGAGGACUCGUCCGAAGAUGAGAACGACGACAUCGAGUUUGAGGAUGUUCCUGCCCCAAGGACCACCUUGGCGAAAGCGCCGACUGCUUCCAGAGAUUUGCAGCUCACCCUUGACGCCGGGCUCGGUACUGCCAUGACGGACCCGUAUGGCGACAAGAAGGGGCCUACCAAGCGCGAAAAGAAGAUUCGGAAUGUGACGCACUGCAUCCACGUACAGUACCUUCUGUGGCAUAACGCACUUAGGAACUCUUGGAUCUGCGACCCGGAAGUCCAGGCGAUCAUGAUGUCUCACGUUCCUCCUCGUCUGUGGGAAGAAGUGGAGCGAUGGAGAAGGACCAGCGGCUUAGACACCAAACCAAAGCAAACACCACCUAAAGCGGCUAAACCAGCGAAAAAGAUUGGAGGAAAGGACAAAGGGAAAAAGACCGAAAAUGAGGACUCCAGAGAUUGGGGUGCCGCUGCUGGAAGAUUAGAGGCAGGCGCUGUCGACUUGAGCCACGGCGAUCCCUUGUUCAGACUUAUGAAGGCUUUCGUCGCCUGGUGGAGGCAACGUUUCCGUGUCACAGCGCCUGGUAUUCGAAAAUGGGGAUAUAUGUCGCCUGAACGACUCGGCAGAUUGCGGAAAGCCUGGGAGACUGAAAAUUCAGAUCAGGAAAGGUUCGGAGAACGUAUCAACGGCCUCGAAGGGUUUCGGAAAUGCGCUCAAGACUGCACAGGAAGCCGGGAUGUGGGAUCGCAGCUUUUCACGGCCCUUAUGAGAGCCCUGGGAUUGGAGGCACGGAUGGUUGCAAACCUUCAACCCCUGGGCUUCGGUUGGACGAAGCUGGAGGAAGCAGAUCCUGAGAAGGAGAAGACUGCAGCAGCUUCGGCCGCCAAAAACAGUGACGAAACGAGGGAGACGACCGAUGCAACAACGACAAGCAUGGCGAAAGGGGAGACGAAGAAGACGGUUAAGAAUACCCCGGCGAAAAAUACAUCAAAGCAAACACCAAAGACAACACCAUCACGAAGAGCUGGCACGAGACGAGCAAGCAACAAGAAUGCCGUCAUUGAGAUAGAUGAUUCGGACGAUGAACUUGGCUUGGAGCAUCCGGACAGCGACGAUGAGUCGGUCAUAGAAUUAGAGAUGACCCCACGAAAGCCAAAAUCGCCGUCAAAGAAGUUUGACAAGGACCUUGAGUUUCCACACUAUUGGACGGAAGUUUUAUCGAAAGUGACGAAUAAAUACUUGCCAGCGGACCCAAUCGUCAAGAAUGUUGUCGGUACUAAUCGAGACUUGGUCGAGUCUCUCGAACCACGUGGAGGCAAGGCAGAAAAGGCGAAACAAACCAUGGCAUAUGUGGUUGGAUUUUCUCCGGAUGGCACAGCGAAAGACGUGACGGUUCGCUAUUUGCGAAAACAGCUGUGGCCGGGUCGCACGAAAGGGGCAAGGAUGCCAUUGGAAAAGGUACCGAUUUACAACAGACACGGGAAGGUGAAACGAUAUGAUCAAUUCGACUGGUUCAAGUCAGCAAUGAAGGGCUACAUCAAGGGCAGUGGAAAGCAUCCGCUCACCGAACAGGAUAAUGUUGAGGACUCGACAGAUCUGAAACCCGCCCAACCAGAGAAGAAAGAGGUUAAGGAAGGCAGCGAAACUCUGGCGUACUACAAGCAAUCGAAGGAGUUCUGCCUCGAGCGUCACCUCAAGCGCGAGGAGGCCCUCCUACCCACAGCAGUACCUGUCAAGACUUUCAAUAACAAAGGAAAGGGCGGAGAGAUUUCCGAGGAACCGGUCUACUCGAGAAAAGGCGUUGUCAAUGUCAAGAGUGCAGAGACGUGGCACAAGCAAGGCAGGGCGCCCAAGCCUGGUGAGAUGCCUCUGAAGAGGGUACCAUAUCGUGCGGCUACGACCAAUAGGCGGCGAGAAAUUGCCGAGGCCGAGGCUGCCAGCGGCGAAAAGGUUCUUCAGGGAUUAUACAGCUUUGAGCAGACGGACUGGAUUAUUCCGCCGCCUAUCAAAGACGGCAUCAUUCCGAAGAACUCAUAUGGUAACAUCGAUCUCUUUGCUGAGCACAUGUGCCCUGAAGGUGCUGCACAUGUCCCGUUCCGAGGAGCUGUCAAGGUCUGCAAGAGGCUCGGGAUUGAUUAUGCCGAAGCCGUCGUAGACUUCGAGUUUGGUAAUCGGAUGGCCGUGCCAGUCAUUCAAGGUGUUGUCAUAGCCGAGGAAUAUCAUGACCAAGUAAUGGAGGAAAUCCGCAAGGAUGAGGCAGAGCGAGCACGCAAGGAGGACGAGAAGCGACGCAAGGAAGCGUUGCGGAUGUGGAGCAAAUUUCUGAAGGGCCUCCGGAUUGUCGAGCGCAUUCGCCAGGAUUACGGCCAUGUCGACGAUAGUGUCCCUGUCUUCCAGAAGCAUGGAGCGGCCGUGGCCUCCAAAGCAGUUCUUGACGACGGAGAAGAAGACAAAAAUCAACUGGACGCAGAAGCGAUGCAGAUGAGGGAAGAGGAAAUGGCAGGGGGCUUCUUCCCCGAAGGUCACGAUGAGGAAGAGGUCGAGCAGCCCAAGCGGUUCACCUCUGGCUUUUUCCCAGUGGUGGACGAGGGCGAUGAAGACGAAGAUAUGGAUGACGCCCUGCAAGUGGAUCACGGCCAUGGUGAGAAGGUGGCUACUGUCGACAGUGCCGACGGCGCGGAAGACGCAAAGGAGGAUCAGAGGGAAGCUUUGUCUAAGCCCGAGCUUCUACCCGAGCCAGUGAAAGUCAAGCCGAAGCCCAAGAAGAAGGCUGGGACGAGACGAUCAUCUAGGCGCCGACGAAGGCCUGUAUCUGAGAGCGAGGAUGAGGGUGAGGACGACGAAGACGACUUUGUGGCCUCUGACGAUGAUUACGAAUGA